AUGCCAACCGUUCUUACAGACUUGGAUACCGAAAUACCAAAUAACCCAAAUUCUGGUGACUCUAACUAUGUACUUGUGACUGAUGAGCGUCUGCCAAACUGUUCCAGUGAUGGCUCAUCUGGUAAUCACCAAGGAACCCUCUGCGUGAACAGAAAAAGGACGGCGAGAAUACUCACAUUAGCACGGCAUACUGAGUCUUUGAUUCUCCGAUUGUGUCUCAAUCUCAACCGCAAUAAUGCCCCGGCUUUCUUUACGGCCAUUGAACAAAUCGUUGCUUACUAUGGAGAGAAUGCCCAGUAUACAGGUAUCUGGGAACAGUUACUGUGUGAUCUAGAUAAUAAGAACGAUAGCUAUGGAAAGUAUUUGAAAAAGCAGAAGGAUGACUGGAAGCACGAGGAUCUAGAUCCGGAGUCAUGGCAAGAUUGCGCAAUCCGAAAUUGCAAGAGAUCGACGGAGCGCAUGAAGCAUACGCAGCAUCUUCGCGAUGAACUGGUGAAUGAUGGCAAGCUUCCCUCUGACAGGAAGAUAGAUAGUUUUGACGAGGUCACUCCUAAUACAGGACAUCAAUGA